ACAUGGAUGAAUACAUGCAAUAACUGGUUUUUUUAUAGCAAAAUUUUUGAAAAUAGAAAACAUUCCCCUGUUUUUGCAAUCAUUUUGGGAAUUUAUAUUUGUUCAACUUGGACAAAAGAAAUGAACUUUCAUACAACUUUAUCACCGUUUUCCAUGAAAUCCAUCGUCAUUCUUCACGGAACAGAAUCAAAAUCCCCUUUGCUUACCCAUGUUCUCUUCCUUUCAUACAACUUUAUCUGAGCAACAUUCGCCAUUGUCGGUUGGUGCACAGCUUUAACAGCUUUUUGUGCAUUCAUUUAGCUCUUCAAAUCCAUCCAAAAUCUUCACUCCUCGCUGUCUUAAGCUCACUCGCCAUCUUUUCUUUAUGUACAAAUCUGCCUCACAUGCCUUAAAUUUUGGUUAAUAAUCAGUUAUAUAAAGAGUGAUUCGAGUUCACUGUAUUGUUAAUAUGAUGAGAAGAUUGGAAAGAUUUGAACUUUAACUCCGUUGAUUGCUGCUUUAGUGACUGCUUGCAGAUCCAGUAAGACUAUAGUACCGUUGUGUCCAAGAACUUCAGAAUGGAAUGGAAAAUCAGGAAAAAGAAUGAAAAGAGUGUCUUUUGGCAGGUGAGAAUCUUGAAAUUCAGCAGUUGAUGGAUAAAUUGAGAGUGAUAAAGGGACUCCGUCCAAUUGGGUGUGCAUUAGAGAUAGAAAGAGAGGGAGGGUGGGGUCUGUUCGAUAGUCCUCAAAGUUGGCUUUAUUGUAGUGGGGUGUUGUGAUGGUUUGGAGAAUGUAACUGUCGUUAUAUCACGUGACUAUGCCCUUCUGUUUCCAUCACAUAGGAUUCUUCAAUUUUGUUUUAUUUCCCUGUGGAAAGAUGUAGUGGUAGUAACUAUCUUGCAUAGGCUGCCAUGCCCAUGGCUAUAUAUGCACUGUUAACUUCAAAGCUCCUGUUGUUCUAUACCCUUUUUGUCUUUUAUGGGCGGGUUGUUGUUCCACAUUUCGUGUUGGAUUGGGCUUCUUGAUUGAUUCAAGAGCAAGAAACAGUGAGAUAUCAACCAGAAAAGGAAAAGAAAGAAAAAGAUGUGCAUUUUCUAAAAGUUUGGUGGGAUGUGCUGGAGAUCAACAAGUAUAUUGUUUCAGGAACUUCAAGAAAUAUAUUGUGAAGAUUGAGGCAUAGGAACCAUGGAUCUUGGGCAUGGUAAAUGUUGGGAUACCUCAAAGAAGGAUUCUUUGAAGACACUGUUGGUUUUGGCUUAUCAGAGCCUUGGUGUGGUAUAUGGGGACCUCAGCACUUCCCCUCUCUACGUUUACAAGAGCACAUUUGCAGAAGAUAUCCAGCAUUCAGAGUCCAAUGAAGAGAUUUUUGGUGUUCUGUCAUUUGUAUUCUGGACUCUCACUUUGGUCCCCUUGUUCAAGUAUGUCUUCAUUGUACUUAGAGCUGAUGACAAUGGAGAGGGCGGUACUUUUGCAUUAUAUUCCUUGAUAUGCCGGCAUGCAAAAGUUAGCCUUCUGCCCAAUAGACAGGUUGCAGAUGAAGCACUAUCCACUUACAAAAUGGAGCACCCUCCAGAGAAGAAUAAUAAUUCAAGGGUUAAAAUGUACCUUGAGAAGCACAAGGGAUUGCAUACUGCUUUACUGAUCUUGGUACUUCUUGGUACAUGUAUGGUAAUUGGAGAUGGACUGCUCACUCCUGCAAUUUCUGUUUUUUCUGCAGUGUCUGGCCUUGAGUUAUCCAUGUCCAAGGAGCAUCAUCAGUAUGCUGUGAUUCCAAUCACUUGCUUUAUCUUGGUUUGUCUUUUUGCACUACAACACUAUGGGACACAUCGAGUGGGAUUUUUCUUUGCACCAGUAGUACUGACAUGGCUAGUAUGCAUCAGUGCCCUUGGUUUAUAUAACAUAAUCCACUGGAAUCCACAUGUCUAUCAAGCUCUUUCCCCAUAUUACAUGUUUAAGUUCUUGAAGAAAACAAGGAAAGACGGGUGGAUGUCUUUGGGUGGAAUAUUGUUGUGCAUAACAGGUUCAGAGGCAAUGUUUGCUGAUCUUGGUCAUUUCUCUUAUGCUGCAAUUCAGAUUGCUUUCACAUUUAUGGUUUAUCCAGCACUUAUAUUGGCAUAUAUGGGGCAAGCUGCAUAUCUUUCGCAACAUCAUGAUGACAAUAGUCAUAUUGGUUUUUAUAUCUCAGUUCCAGAAAAAUUGAGGUUACCAGUGCUAAUAAUAGCCAUUCUUGCUUCUGUGGUCGGAAGCCAAGCAAUUAUCAGUGGAACAUUCUCUAUCAUAAACCAGAGCCAGUCUCUUGGCUGCUUCCCAAAGGUGAAAGUUGUUCAUACGUCUGAUGAGAUACACGGCCAGAUAUAUAUCCCUGAGAUAAAUUGGAUUCUCAUGGUCCUCUGCAUUGCUGUGACUAUUGGAUUUAGAGACACAAAACACAUGGGAAAUGCAUCAGGAUUAGCAGUGAUGACGGUAAUGCUAGUGACCACAUGCCUUACUUCCCUGGUUAUCAUCCUCUGUUGGAACAAGCUCCCCAUCAUAGCGCUUUCCUUCCUACUUUUCUUUGGCUCUGUUGAACUGCUCUACUUCUCAGCUUCACUCACCAAGUUCACUGAGGGUGCCUGGCUUCCCAUCCUCUUAGCCCUCUUCCUCAUGACCAUUAUGUUUGUUUGGCAUUAUGCCACCAUUAAAAAAUAUGAAUUUGAUCUCCAUAACAAGGUAUCACUAGACUGGCUUUUAGCCUUAGGUCCAAGCUUAGGAAUUGCUAGAGUGCCUGGCAUUGGCAUAGUUUUCACUGAUCUCACCUCUGGCAUCCCUGCAAACUUUUCACGCUUUGUCACUAACCUUCCUGCCUUCCAUCGUAUCCUUGUAUUUGUGUGUGUAAAAUCAGUGCCUGUCCCUUACGUGCCCCCUAAUGAGAGGUAUCUUGUGGGCCGUGUUGGCCCUCCAUCUCAUAGAUCUUACAGAUGCAUUGUUCGUUAUGGAUACCGUGACGUGCAUCAGGAUGUUGAUUCUUUUGAAUCUGAGCUUGUAGCUAGGCUGGCUGAUUUCAUCAACUAUGAUUGGCAUCGAGCACAUGGGACUAACUCGUGUACUGAGGAUGAUGCUUCUCGAUCCAUUGCAUCAUCGAGUGAAUAUAGACUGACAGUAAUUGGAACCAAUUCAUUAUCUGGCUUACCAGCUUAUGAGAUUGAGGAGACUGUCCAGCCAGCAAGUGUAUCUGGUGGAUUUUUGACAUUAGAAAGUAUGGCCGAUGUUAUUGAAAUGGAACCUAUAGUUGAAAGAAGAGUGAGGUUUGCCAUUGAUGAUGAUUCACAAUCUGAUAUGCAUGUGCAGUUAAAAGACGAGCUAGAAGAUCUGUUUGCGGCUCAGCAAGCUGGUACUGCAUUUAUACUAGGGCAUUCGCAUGUUCAAGCGAAACAAGGGUCGUCUCUCCUGAAGAGAUUGGCUAUUAAUUUUGGAUAUAAUUUCCUUGGAAGGAACUGCAGGGGCCCUGAUGUGGCGCUCAAAGUUCCACCAGUGUCUCUUCUAGAGGUUGGCAUGGUUUAUGUUGUGUAAUAAUUUCAUGUAAAGUAAUUUGCUACGCUUAUUCUAUAUAGAGAAAACUGAACAGUAGCUAGAGGAAAUUGAAGUUCAGGCAAGGUCUAUAUAGCAAGUUAAUUUGUUUGUAGAGAGUCGUCUUUUACCAAUCAUAUGCACUUCUUGAAAUUUAAAAAAAUGAAUUUAUUCAAAGAA